ACAUAAUUAAUAUUUAAUACAAACAUUUUAAUUUGUUUGAGUCUGUUUUAAAACAGUUUUAUUCUGAUAGUCUUCAACCCCGGAAGUGAACGAGGCUCUCAUCUCUAAAAAAAUGUAUUCCAUUUCAUACUUAAAUCGUCUUUAGUUUGGACAAGAUGAAGAUCCAACACUUCAGAGGUAGUAGACACGUAAAUACUCGAGACGUAUAUUUAAUGUGACUAUUUAUAUUUAUGAAAUCGGAGAAAAAAACGAUUUUAUUUUCAAGCUCAACCGGAAACGCCUCGAUGGACGCCGUCGAGUGUGACGUAUUCAGCAGUCCGCUAUGGCUACGUCACCAACGGUUAGUCCGCUUUGAGUGAGUUACAAUCCGAACGGAAGCGAACGAUGCCCCCCCGGCGGCACGGCCCCGGUGCGAAGGGGGCCGGAGGCCCGGUGGUCAACCUGCGGACGGCGGGGCCCGUCUCGGUCCGCCGCGGCGGCUCCGCGGUGCUCCCGUCGGUCCUCACGUUCCUGGUGAUCGUGGCGUCCGGCGGCCUGCUGCUGAUGAUCGAGAAGGGGCUGCUGAGCGGCGUGGAGACGCCCCCGCCGAUCGGUGCCGGGAGGCGGCCGCACGACCCGCGGCGGACCGGAGGGCUCCAGCCCGCCGCCGACGACGUGGAUUCACAGAUCCUCCAGGAGAUCCGAAACCGGACCAUCGGGACCGUGUGCGGCCAGAAGAGCAUGCCGCAGGACGUGUGGUCCCUGAGCGCCCUGCAGAGGAGGACGCUGCUGCAGCACGUCCUGGUCAACGACCGCCACCGCUUCCUGUACUGCUACGUCCCCAAGGUGGCCUGCUCCAACUGGAAGAGGGUCCUCAAGGUGCUGAGCGGCGCCCUGGAGAGCGUGGACGUCAGCGUCAAGAUGGACCACCGCAGCGACCUCCUCUUCCUGCACUCGCUGAAGCCCGAGGAGAUCCGCUACCGCCUGGAGCACUACUUCAAGUUCAUGUUCGUGCGCGAGCCCAUGGAGCGCCUGCUCUCCGCCUACCGGAACAAGUUCGGGGAGAUCGAGUCCUACCAGAGGAAGUACGGCGUGGAGAUCGCCAGGCGGUACAGGAAGCCUCCCGCCAAGGACGCGGCGGCGCAGAGGGGCGACGACGUCACCUUCUCCGAGUUCGUCCGCUACCUGCUGGACGAGGACGCCGAGCGCAUGAACGAGCACUGGAUGCCCAUGUACAACCUGUGCCAGCCGUGCGCCGUGCGCUACGACUUCAUCGGCUCCUACGAGCGGCUGGAGGCCGACGCCGAGCUGGUGCUGCGCCGCGUGGGGGCGCCGCCCGCCGUCCGCUUCCCGGAGCGCCAGACGUGGUACAAGCCGGUCACCGCGGAGACGCUGCACUACUUCCUGUGCGGCCUCCCGCGGAGGCUGCUGAGGGAGCUGCUGCCCAAGUACAUCCUGGACUUCUCCCUGUUCGCCUACGCGCUGCCCAACACCACGGCCGCACACUGCCGCCGCUGAGGGGCCCCGGGGGGGGGGGGGCUUUUAUACCCAGAACCUUUUCUAAAAAACUAUUUUAUACCGCUAGAAAGUGUUUAUAGCUGUUACACAUUUUUACUCCAGAUGUUUCCUGAACAUUUUUUUAAAGAAAACAACCACUAAAGCUUGAAAUCAGCUGCAGACAAAGAAUAAAAAAACCAUUUCAUUUCCUACGCGUUGUGUUUCACAUCGAUGAGGAAAACACGGUCAAGGGACCAAACUGGGUCCAUGUUUCUCUGCUCUGUUUUCUCAUCGUAAUAAAACACCAGUUACAUU